UACACACAUAUGCAUUAUCUCCGUCAUUAAACAUCAUGAAGAAUAGAUACAUCUUUAAACCAAAAACUCUCUUUCACUUCAAACCCUUUACUACUUUCUCUCCUUGCUCCUCCUCUUCUUCCCUUCACCACCAUGCUCCCCUUUAUCCUCAUCUUCCUCUUCUUCUCCCCUCGAACCUCGGCCCGUUGUACGACAACCACUCGCACCAAAACCUUUGAAAAAUGCAUGACACUUCCCACCCAACAAGCCUCCCUAGCAUGGACUUACCAUACACACAAUGCCACCCUCGACGUCGUCUUUUUUGGUAGUUUCAUAUCUCCUUCUGGAUGGGUAGGUUGGGGUAUAAACCCUACCUCUGCCGAGAUGACCGGAACUCGUUCCCUUAUCGCCUUUCCGGACCCUAAUUCCGGCCAACUUGUCCUCCUUCCCUACAUAUUAGACCCAACUGUUAAACUCCAAAAGUCACCAUUAUUAUCACGCCCUCUUGAUCAUAUUCACUUACUAUCAUCUUCGGCAACAAUGUAUGGUGGAAAGUUAGCCACAAUUCAUGAUGGAGCUGAGGUCGAAAUCUUUGCCUCAAUCAAGCUCUCCUCUAACAAAUCAAAGAUACAUAUUGUAUGGAAUCGUGGGGUUUAUGUUCAAGGAUAUUCACCUACUAUUCAUCCAACUACUGUUAAUGACCUAUCUUCAGCUACCACCAUAGAUCUUCUUUCAGGGGUUGCAAGACAUGAGAAUGACUUAAAAAGCUUGAAGAUUAUACAUGGAGUUAUGAAUGCAAUCUCUUGGGGAGUUAUGCUUCCAAUUGGUAUCGUUACGUCGCGGUACCUUAGACACAUAGAAGCAUUAGGCCCUACGUGGUUCUACGUGCAUGCAGGCAUGCAACUUAGUGGAUUCUUCAUAGGAAGUAUCGGUUUCGCAAUUGGGAUGAGGCUUGGGGAAUUAUCACCAGGAAAAGUUUAUGGGUUGCAUAGGAAGCUAGGGAUUAUAGCAGUUUGUUUGGGAAGUCUUCAAACACUUGCGUUAUUAUUUAGGCCUAAGACUACAAAUAAGUAUAGGAAAUAUUGGAAGUCAUACCAUCAUUUUGUUGGGUAUGCUUGUGUUGUUAUAGGAGUUAUCAAUGUUUUUCAAGGGUUUGAAGCAAUAGAGGCAAAUAGAUCAUAUGCUAAAUUGGCAUAUUGUUUGUGCCUUUCUUCUUUGAUUGGUGUUUGUAUAGCAUUGGAGGUUAAUAGUUGGGUUAUUUUCUGUAGAAAAGCUGAGGAGGAGAAAUUGAGAAGAGAUGGAGUCAUUGCAGGCUCAGAAAAGGCUAGUGGAAGCUUCAAUUGAUUUCAACUUUUUUGUUUUAUAGCUUUUCUUUCUUUCAACAAUUUUUUUAUAAAAAAAAUCUAGGUCUUUAUUGAGGUGAUCAAAUUCGAUUUACAAGUAAUUGACCAAAAUAAUUAGCUUGAAUUUAUAAACUUUUGGUUUUGGGAUUUUCUUGCAUUUUUUGGCGAAAAGGGUCAAUCCCUUCGUCCUUUUUUACACAAUGGUUAUGAUGUAUCUAAUUGUUAUUCUCCACAAGAUAAGAGAGACAUGUCUUGACAAUAUUAUUAUUUUGUGAAAUGGAAAAGAAAAUUCCUACUUAUUUGUAUC